AUGGCUUUCCUUAGUCAUCGAUCCUCCUCGGCCGAUGCCUGGAAAACGGCUCGCUCUGGUUUCUUGACUGCUCUCACAGCCAGCUGUAUCUCCCUUCAGGUUCUGUUACUCGCAAAUCUGGCGUACCUGUAUGGGACGCAAUUCGAGGAACCAGGCCGUGUUCACAACCUCAAUCUCCUCUACGUUGAUUACGACGGAGGUGUUAUUGGACAGUCUGUCCUGGAUGCCUACCACCUUAUUGAGGCCAACACCUUUCCGACCAUUCAGCAAUCGACAGUUGAUCAGUUUCCUACCACGGCCGAUGUUCGCUCAACCGUCUGCAAGGGUGACUAUUGGGGUGCCAUCUAUUCGCUCCCAAAUGCCUCGGACAGCCUGGCGACGGCUAUAGUUGACGGCAGUAGUACCCCCGCCACCAUUGAAUACGUUUGGAAUGAGGGCCGCUACGCGGCAUUUAUGCAAAGCGCCGUCUACGCCAAUUUCAUGACUUUGAUUAAAGUUACUCGCUCAACAUACUAUGCAAACAAUGCUUCGAAAAUGGGCCCUAUGCUCUCCGAUCCAUCUGCCAUGCAAAUAUUUCUUAAUCCCAUUGAAGCCACCGAGAUCAACAUCAAACCCACCAUCCAGGGAACGAGGGUCCUCUAUAACACCGUGUCCAUGAUAAUGCCCAUCAUUAUGCAGUUCUUCUUCAUGAUGGCCCUCAAUGGAAUCUCCGCCCAGUUCAAUCUCUUCACCACGAUGAGCUGGCACGUGAACGGCGUUAUCCGGAUGGGUGCGUCGAUCAUCUACACCUUCCUCAGCUCACUCUGCACGAUCGGCUACAUCUGGGGCUUCAAGGAGGCGUGGGAUCAGAAUGGCAAUCAAUUUGUGCUCAGUUGGAUGGCAAUGUGGCUCUUCAUGCAUAUUAACCUCCUACUCUUCGACAUCCUUACUACGUUUGUGCCUAUGCAGUUCAUGCCGUUCUGUGUCUUGACGUGGAUGAUUGUCAAUGUUGCCAGCACCAUCAGUCCCUUCGAACUCAGCCCCGGGUUUUACCACUGGGGAUACGCACUACCGGCCCAUGAAACAUACAAGAUUCUGGGACAGAUCUGGAGUGAUGGCUGCAACAACGAGCUACAUCGCGCACUGCCAAUCCUAUUUUCAUGGUGGAUCGUGGGCAUCGUUCUUGUUGUCUAUGCCGUCUAUUACAGAUGCAAGGACGCUUGCGCCCUGCAGUCCACCCCCACUGUUGAUGACGAUUAUUCAUUCCCGGUAGAAGAACCAAAGACAUCUGUCGAAUCAUGA